AUGGCCACUAGCAAGGAUUUUGUCGAUGCUAUUGUGUCAGGAGAUGUAGUAACUGUUAAGAAAAUAUUGAAGGUGUUGAAGUCCAGCAAAAAUAAUAGAAAGUGCAGUGAUGAUUUAAUAUCAUUAGCAAUCAAAAAGAACCAAUCAGUAAUUGCAAAAUUGCUGAUCAAACAUAGUGCAACUAUAAACAAAAAUGUGGAUAACUCCUUAACAACCUCGUUAUUUUACGCCAUUCGACGCAAGAAUUUUAAAAUCGUGAAAAGUCUUGUGAGAAUGGGUGCAAAAGUCAAUAGGAAAUCAAAAUCGGGUAUGACUCCACUAUUAGCAGCUGCAGAACGAAGCAAUUUAAAAAUUUUAUCAUUUAUUUUAGAACAAAAUCCCAAUAUAAAUGAUAUUGACGCUUCGGGAAAUACUGCUUUGCACUAUGUGUUUCAUCAUUUGAAUAAAGAAGGUCGAUCAAGAUAUUCUUAUGCUCAUACUUCGGAGGCUGGUAACGACGAUAAAAGAAUUAUGUUGUUACAUAAAACUGGAGCUGAUUUAAACGCUAAAUGCUCGUUUAAAAACCAUCCAGAUUUAACAACAAUUCUGGAUUUGGCAAUCUACAUCGGAUCCAUCCCAGCAGUUACUUAUCUUCUCUACAAGACUCUUGUGGGUCUUAAGCAGUUAGACUAUUCCAAAAUAGAACUAGUUGCUUUUGAUGAAAACGCAAUCGAAGCAUAUGCACGGACCAGCGCAGAGUACGUUGAGCUGCUAAAAGAAAAAAGCUUAAUAGUUCAAUUUAAUUUAGCAUUAUUCAUAAAUAAUCGGCACGAAAUAUGCAUUUAUGCAACCGAAGAUACUCUUCAGAAAGUUCAUGACUUUGUGAAAAAGGAGGAAGAGGAAAACUCAAUAUUCUUUGGUUACUAUCGUGAGGUAGAGAAAUUAAUGAUGGAGAGUCGUCAAUUCCUGGAAGACAAAAAAAUGGGAUUAAACGGAAUCUCAUAUUGGAAGUUCAUCACUGGGAACCGAGAAGACUUAGUGAAGUUUCUUUUCAAUGAUGAUUUUCUGUCUCCACUAUUAUUGAAGGAGCUGGAAGAAGCAAGUAUGGAUUAUCGAUUUACUUUUCAUCGAGAACCAUUAAUGAAUAAUCUUUCAUACGCAAUUGGGAAAAGCAAUGCUCUACGAAAAGUAACUGAGGAAAUCAACGAUCUGUUCAGUGCAGUGUUGCCAUACGAUUGCUGUGAACAUAUUGUUCAUUCAAUGACAAAUGAUGAAGUGAAGAAUUUUAUAAAAAGUCUUAAUCCACCUGACAUUUCAGACUUUAAUUUUUAA